AUAAAAGAAAAUAGAAAUGGAAGCAAAAUAUGAAGAUUUUAAGCCCAAUUCUGAGUGGAAGGAAGAAGAAGCAACCAAUUUAUUGCUCAUAUAUCUUCCUGAUUUUAAUAAGGAGCAAUUGAAGAUCACAUAUGUUCACACGUCCCGCGUGCUUAAAGUUGCCGGAGAGAGACAAAUUAGUGAUAAAAAAUGGAGCAGAUUCAGUGAAUUAUUUUCUGUUCCACAAAAUUGUAAUGUGCAAAAGAUUCAGGGUAAGUUCCACAAUGGAGUUCUAACCGUUACAAUGCCAAAAACCACAAUUACACCAACACUCAACCUUGGUCCUAAAAAAGAUGACGGAAAGAAAGAAAGCGAAAUUAAUAAGAAAAUAAAAGAAUCCUCGGAAAUUACCGAAAAGAAAACAGAAUCAUCGCAAGUCACCGAAAAAAGAAAAGAAUCAACGCUGAUCAGCGAGAAAAGAAAAGAACCACCGGAGAUCACUGAGAAGAGCAAAAAAUUAUCGGAAAUCACCGAGAAAAUAAAAGAAUCCCCGGAUAUUACCGCAAAAGGAAAAAAAUCAUCCGAAAUCACCGAGACAAUAAAAGAAUCACUGGAUAUCGCCGAGAAAGACAAAGAAUCGGCGAAAAUCAGCGAAAAAAUAAAAGAAUCAUCGAAGAUUACCGAAAAAAGAAAAGAAUCACCGGAAAUCAACAAAAACAGAAAAGAAGGCGUAAAGCGGAGUAAGAAGAAGGAAUCGAAAUUAGGCAUGGAGCUUACACAAGAGAGUCAAUCACUUUACAACAUAGGUGUGGCUGUUUUAGUAAUUGCAGCACUCGGAACUUACAUCUAUUGCACCCAUGGAUCAUCGUCCUCUGCAACUUCCAAGCACUAGUUCUUGUGAAUUUUAUCAUCAACUAUUUCUUAUUUUUUACUAUACAAAAACUUCCUAAUAAUUUCAUUCUUGUAUAUUGAAAUAAAGUGACAUUCGAAUAAUUGAAAAAUUCUUGAAGUUUGAUGUUAUUAUGGCAAUUCAAUAAUCAAUAAUCAAUAAUCAAUAAUUUACAAUU